AUUCACUCGAUGUGGCAGUUGUCCCCAUGACUUUGCCACUCAGAUUAAGAGGGCCAUUGAAAGAGCAAGGUAUUGGUCGUGUCGAAGUGUUCCUUUAUGGAAAAUGGGGAACAGUGUGUGACCCCCAGUGGUGGUUCAAUGACGAGGCUAAGGUUAUUUGCCGUCAACUUGGUUACACGGGCACUGGUAAAGAGCUUUCUCGCGUUCCUCGCGGUUAUGGGCCGAUGUUUAUCGUUGAAUGCGAUGGGACAGAACCAAACAUAACAAGCUGUUAUUACCACCCCCAUAUCGAAGUUGGGGAAUGCACUCAUUUUGAUGAUGCUGGAGUACAUUGUGAACAUAAAGAGGUUAAAAAUAAAGAUUCAGUUACACCUGAAUUGACACCAUCCAGCUACACCACAAUCCCUAACGAAAAUGGAGUCGCUGCUACACACAGGAUGGAUACAACAAUUGCUCUGAAUUAUAGUCCUUUAGGAUCAUACGUUGCAACCACGACACACGAUCGUGGAGACGGUGGUUUCAGUAGUGAGUCCAUCCACAUGGAAAAGAAACUUACAGUAAUAAAACCUUCAAACGCCACUGUUUCAUAUAACUCUAUUUCAAAGACAAUUGCUGGAAAUAUCUAUCUCCAUAGUGAGAUUUCCAGUACAGAGAAGACGCGUAACGUAACAGUUUUGAAUCUCAGUACCACAGUGUCAAAUAAUAUGACUGUAAAACAUCACCCUGGCAACACCUAUAAAGUUCAAGGCUCCGAAAGUUCAUCAGUUUUAAUAUACAGAUCUUCCUGGUCUGAGCAGAGCAUUUCCAUAGACCGUGUUGAAAACAACCAAUUCAUAUCUAAGACCUUCAGCACUCCAAAGACAUCAACUGGGCUCUAUAAAUCUACAGCAACCAACACCCUUAGAAAAAGUCAUCACGAUACUAUAAUCCAAACACCCCACAAAACGCACACGACGACAGUUUUAAAACACAGCCCAAACGUAGACGAUAAAAGCGCCAUCGGGAACUCUGAUGAUACCGACGAAUCUGCAAACUCAAUUGAGUGGUAUAUUAUAUUUGUGGCAAUAUUGGUUCCCGGAAUUGUCGUUGGAAUUCUCACGGCGAUCAUUAUCUAUUGUCGUCGUCGUCGUCGUGCAAUUUACGACAACCAGGAAGAGAUGAAUCUUACGGGAUUUAAAACAAAAAAAAGUGAAAUGGCAGCAGAUACAGAAGACGAAAAUGAUCAACUGAUAUUUGGUUGAACAGUUUUCUUUGCGAUGUUUAAUAACGUCAAUUUAGUGUUUACUUGCUAUUUUUCCAGUAGGUUUAUACUAAAAUUUCAUGAACUCGUGUUAUUGCUUUUCUUUAACUCAAUUUGGCCGAAUAAAACGGUUAAUUUUUAAAUAAAUUUUAACUAUAGCAAUUUAAGAAAACUUAACUAUAUAAGAAAACUUAAGAAUAUACACAGGCCACAAUAUG